AUGCCCAACGACAGGCAAAUUGAGCUCUACAACGAGUACAUUGGAAUUGAGAAAGUCGAGCAUAUCGAAGAUUUAAUUGUUCGUGAAGGGUAUGUUACUAGGCCAGGAAUCAUCGUUGGGCGUCAAAUCUUUCGGGAAACAGAACGCAACACGGUCUGGAUUUGGGAAGACGCUGAGGAUGUACAAUAUAUAAAUAACGAUGACGAGAGGUCGAGAUCACGUGUGCGACUGCCCUCCUUUGACGAGUUCCGUCAGAAAUCGGGAUAUCUGGAGCCAGUCAACCCCGAGGAAGCCGAGAAUGAGGACGACAAAGAAGACCGCUGCCCCAUCUGCCGCGCGGACUAUUUCCCGGAGCCUGGUGACGUGGACGAGGACGAACAUUUCGAUUACACCGUCGUUAAAACGCAGUGCGGGCAUUGCUUCCAUCAGCAAUGCAUACUACGGUGUCUGAAAAAUCCACCAAAUCCCGAUGGUGUGGGCAGGCUUCUAAGGAGUUAUUCUUUCGGCUAG